AUGAAGUCCCGACAAUUUGAGGAUUCCUCCCUGGGCCGACUUAGCAGUGGUACUAGCGGGUCAGAACUCAAUGAAAUGAAGAAAUUUCAGCCAAAUGGUCAUUUGGCAAGUUGUGAUGAGUCGGCGCGGAAGAAGAUGGCUGCUGUUGCCAAUCUAGCACAUCAAGGCACAGACCCGGCCAAAAGUUCCAUCUUGGCGCCUCUUCACAAUCACCGGGCCCAACUUACACCUCUGGGCAAGGAGCAAAGGAAAAUCGCAGUGGCGCUGAAUCCUAUGUUCACAGACAAUGAGAAGCCCAGUACCGCCAGCAGGUCAUCCGGAGCAGUAACGAGUGUAAUGACCUGCGUGACCCAGAAGGACGGGCCGCAUCGACCUACUGAAACGUGGAUCGGUACAACGCAGGACCGGAGACCAAGGCUCAUUGCGCCCCCCUUGAGGUGCUGCUUUCAGGUUAAUCCCAAGGAAUCCGGCGUUGGACGCGACAAGGCCGGUCACAUACAGAUGCGCCGGGAUGUUAUCAAUUUCAUCCUAGACACUUCCACCCCACAUAACGGCAAGACUAGCUUCUGCUACUCUGACCUAAUCGAGCUGGAUCGAGCUCCGCUUUCGAAAAUCGCCUACUGCCACAGAGGCUCGCAAGCUCAAGGCAUGGCAAUAAUUCUUAUGACGAAUAAGGCCAGAGCUCUUUCAUGA